GUUGCCAACUUUAGGAUAAGACUCCAUUUCUUCCCUCAGCAGCUCCUCCCAAAGCUCUUGGAUUUGGUUCUGUUCUUGCUUGCGCAAAUCAUGAACGAAAUCAGAAAACUGAAGCGCGGGAUCAGCACCAAACGAGGUGACCACCCCGUCCAAAAUGGCCAAAAUCCAUUCGAUGAAUGGGAGGAGCAACAACGAUACUGGCCUUCACCACGGGCACCGCCAGUGAGCCCGAUGGGAUCACCACGGACCCCAAAUGGGAGCCAGAAGAAGCCGGUUCUAGGCAAGGUGAAGAGCAAGGCUAAGAAAUGGAUGCACCUGCUGCAUCACAAGAAGAAGCCUAUGCAGGAGGACAUGAUGUGGACCCCCAGGGCAGGACCCAGUGCGGAAGACAGCAGCAGCAAGGAGCACAAUGACACCGACCAUGGAUCACCAAGCACAGCUCAACAACAUUCCUGUGAAUCAGUGCGUGUACCUGAGGUAUACAUGGAAGCAUCACCAAGGCAAAAUUCGCCACUUCCAAGCCCAACUACACACAAGGAACAACCAUACUUCAAGGUCAGCAGCAGGUUUGAGUCAGAAAUGAAGGAAGCCAAUGAAAUGCUUCGGGAAUCAAAGCAGCUCCGUGUCAACACAACCAAACAGAAGACUGUAACAUUUGCACCAAUUUUGGAACAGGGGCCAACACCAGUAAAAAAUGAAUGGAACAGCAAAGAACUGUCAGAAACAGCAUCCGAGAUAUUCAGUAAUGCAUAUGCUAUAGUCUAUAAGGCUGUCCUCAGGAUGGUAUCUAUAAUCCAAGACACAAUAGCAACAUAUAAUAUUGACAGAAGGAAAAUGUUAGAGAAGAUCAUAUCAUUCAAUAGGUACCUGAUGCUGAAGCUGGAACCUGGAGAAGGUGAUAACGUACUCUCAGAAGUCAUUACUGAGGCUGUCCUCGAUCUGUUUGAUGCCUGGUGCGAGAAUGUAGAGAUGCCUUUGGUACAGAGGGCAAAGGAAGUAUCUUCUUGGUUUGUGCCGAAAAGGAGAGAAGAGUUACCUCCUGUUCCACUGUCUACCAAUCCUUGUGUGUAUGAAGAUGCAGAAGAAUUUUACUCAUUAGACAAUUGACUGUCUUGAAGCACGAGAUCAAGGCUCUAUGAAACAACAUAAGUAGAGAGAUGUACCUUACAAUGUGAACACCGGAGGCGAAGAUGGAAUGCUUGCCCCAAGUAAACUUUGUUCAUAGAAUUGCAUUAUACCUUACAGUGGCUGCUUGUGAAACCAAAAGGAGGUACCUGUGGCUGUGUACCAGAAACUAAUGUACAAGGUUUCAAUUUUAAGUAUCUCUUCAGUUAAAGCACAGUAUCUUGACCAUAUAAGAUAUUACAUUCACAAUCAGUGACAACAAAUUCCACGAUGUAGGCAAUACAGAAAUAUUGAAGCAAAAAAAAUCAUCGACUGCAGAACCAAAAUCACUCUG